AAGUGAUCGAAACGUAAUAUUGUACCGGCAAGAUAAAGGCUUUCAGUUAGAGGUUUGAAUUUCAAAGCUGCGAACAAACAUUUUGUAGCAUAAACAAAAUUGAUAUCAGUCAUUUACACCAAACUAUGAUUCAGUAAUAAAUUAUUCAACUUGUAUGUUAAAGAAAACCCUUAAAAUUACGGUUAAGAUUUACACUCUUGAAAUAACCGUCGAAAACAUCCGCAUCCGUUGUGUAUAUUUUUCAUUGAAAUAUCUAGGUUUGUUAUUAUCACUUAUGGAUAUUCGAAAGGACCAGAUUCAAAAGGACACUGAAAACUUAACAACCAGCAGUAUGAAACUGCUUAACGAGAAUCUAAAGCUGCUAGAGGAAGACCACUUGUAUCAUAUUGCCCUCAGCAACGUGCAGGAUAACCUCAGGGAACUCUUCGGAGAUGUUAAGUUUGUUUGUUUUGGCGGCCAGUCAACCCGGAUGGAAAAGUUUGCGAGCUUUAUAUCACAUGAGCUCGGCCUUGAUGCGUCUGGACCACCGAAGAAUUACGCCGGCAACACGGACCGUUAUGCCGUGUAUAAGGCCGGUCCUGUUCUGUCUGUUAGCCAUGGCAUAGGUAUUCCGUCACUGUCUAUCAUCUUUCAAGAAAUCGUGAAACUCGUGUACUACGCUGGCUGUCAUGGUGUGACGUUUUUCAGGAUUGGAACCAGCGGUGGCCUAGGAUUAGAGCCUGGAACAGUUGUAGUCAGUGAAAGAGUUGUGAAUGGGGCACUAGAGCCCUUCUACAAAAUGGUAGUCCUUGGUAAGACAGUUGACCGGCCAGCUGUGGUGGACGAGACUCUGGUUCAGGAACUGAUAGACUGUCGGCUCAAUACAGACACGUUUAAAACUGUGAAAGGAACGACCUUGUGUGCUGACGACUUCUACGAAGGUCAAGGUCGUAUAGACGGAGCUUUCUGUGAGCACUUUGAUGAUGAAAAGUUUCAGUGGCUCCGAUCACUUCAAGAAAAUGGCGUUACUAAUAUGGAAAUGGAAUCUCUUGGCUUUAUUGCCAUGUGUCAUCGAGCAAAUAUUAAAGGUGCUGUAUGCUGUGUGACGCUGCUGGACCGAUUUGAAGGUGAUGGAUUAACAACAAAUCGGAAGCUACUGAGCGAAUGGCAAACAUAUCCACAGAUACUGGUGUCCAGAUAUAUCAAACAAAAAUUGGCAGAGACAGUAAAUGAAAACAGCUAAAGAUGUUUGAUAAACACUCACCCGAAUCUCCAAGUUGUGCUCAAAUGCGACAAAUAAUCCUGACAUUCCGUCCCGUUUAGACUAAAUCCUGGAAUUUGAUUUUAUUCAUUUGCUAGAAGAUUUCACUAUUGCUAUCUAUUACUGAUUUGCAUUUAAUUUUCUGCUGUAUUAUACUCGUACAUAUCACGUUUAAAGUAACUCGAGUCUCGACAAGGAUCGAAGUAUUUCAUGCGUGACCAUUCAGCCGGCCAAAAACGUUACAGUGUCUGUUCCUGCUUAGGAACCUUCCAUCAUUAAAGCAAGUUUUAGUUUGUACACAGUGAUUAGAUAAAUACUGAAAAAAAAUCAUGACUACAAAAGACAAGUUUAUGAAAACGUUAAUGGAAAUUACAUAGUUCAUUUUAGUUAAAUCAACUAGGGACUCUUUCUUCCUUUAAUUUUAUUUUUCAAAUUAUUUUUGAAAAUAUGUCAUGUUAGAUUAUUUAUAGUAGCUUUUGUUUUAAACUUUUGUAUUUAGUUUUUAUUUUGUUAUUUUUAAGCAGACCUUCAUUGUCGGACUAUAGACAGUGUCCUGUAAAAUUAACCCAAUUAUAUUCACUGCCGUUGGACAAGUGAAAUAAGAUACAUGUAUAUGGCGAUAGUUAGUACAGACUUAAUUGGGCUUAGCAAUAUAGAAAUCAUUUAUAAGCAGUUUGUUACAGAAAUACAUUAAAAUAUAGAAUUAUAA